CGACUUCAAUGAAAGCUCUGGAUUGGACUGUCGAAGAGGAUUCUUUCACGGACCGCACCCCCUACGGGAAGAAGCCUUUCAGCAACAUCGUUGCCACGCUCAAUCCCCACGCUUGCCGAUUCCUGACUGUCGCCUGCCACUAUGACUCCUUGCACAAUCGGGAGUUCACUUUCCUGGGUGCCAUCGAUUCCGCCGUCCCUUGCGCCAUGAUGAUCAACAUGGCCAGAGUGCUGGACACUGCUCUUAAAGAGCAAAAGAACAAAAACAAUGAACUGAGCUUGCAGUUUAUCUUCUUCGACGGAGAGGAGGCUUUCAAGAGGUGGGGUCCCAACGACUCCCUCUACGGUUCCAGGCACCUUGCCGCCAAGUGGGACAGGAUGAAACCCUUUCCCAGUGGCCUGAGCGACGGACGCCACUGUACUUCCAGGGAGUAUGCAUCGUACUUGGACAGAAUGGAUGUGAUGAUGCUGCUGGACUUGAUCGGAACUGCCAAUCCAAAGUUUUAUAGCUAUUUCCCUGACACAUUCGGGCUCUAUUCUCAUUUGGUAGAUGUGGAACAACGUCUGAACAGCUUGAAACUUGUGGAAGCUGCCCCACCGGAAAGUAUGACAUAUUACUUUGACAGAAGGUCCACAUUAGCAUUUGUAGAAGAUGAUCACGUUCCAUUUAUGAAAAGAGGUGUUCCAAUCCUUCAUCUGAUUCCGACCCCUUUCCCGCACGUGUGGCACAGAGAAAGUGACAAUUGGCAGAGCCUGCACCAACCCACCAUCGACAAUCUGAACAAAAUUUUGCGUGUUUUCGUCGCUCAGUAUCUGCACCUGGACAACCCUAACCUCGACAUCAUGAAAUAAAACAUUUUUAUUGUCUUUCAAUCAAAGCAGAUCUUGUUAAAAUUUUUUAAUACUCUUGGUGUGUCUGGGGUACAAACUUGAUUGGAACAUUUAAUAUUUUACCGAGAAAACUAUAUUUUUUUGUUGAUUAAAUUUUUAAAAAAGUGUACUACUUUUAUGUAUGAAAGUCUUCCAAAAUUUAAAUUCAUAGGUUAUAAUUGUAUAGAAUGUAAUUUAGUUUUUUUUACAAUUGUUAUGUUUAAAUAAUUUUUAUAAUACUCGAACAAUUUUGAACGUAUCAAAGUCUACAUGUAUGACUCUUAUCGAUUUCAAGUAGCUCUGUGAGUGUAUGUGAUAAAAAGGUAUUUACAGGAAUAGCAUUGAUAUCUUGAAAAAGGUGGUCUAAGAUUGCAUUCAUGGUAGAUGUAGUUGAAUGGAUUAUAGUUUUAAACUUUUCACGAUUGCUGAAAUAUGUAAUACAUAUUGAGCUGGCAAAAUUAGGUAUUGAAUUCUUCAAUGUCCAUAAAGUCUUAAAUUCUUCAUGCUGAAAUGUAGAAAAAGAAUUUUUCGUCGAUUUUGAUUUAUUCAACAUUUUAAAGUUGCUUGUAUAACCAUCUAGAACAAUCAAUACCCAAAGCUAUCAGUUAUUAUUAGGUAUGAAAUAUCUGCUCUGAAAAUAGGCGCCAUCUCAAGUUUCCACAUUGCUGUGAAAUACUUGAUGUGCUAAUCAAAAGGCAAAAUGGUCAAUUCUUGACCAAAUAUUUAUUUAUUUUUUCUCAAGAAAACACUAGUGGUGCCAACUUUUUAUUGUUAAAAAUCGCAUUUUUUAAAAACUUUUGAAAAUUCUAUGCAUUUUUUUAAAAAAAACUUUAGUACUUUUAUGAUAUAUAAUUUUUUUAAAAUGAAGUAUAAUUGAAUGAAAAUUAUUCUAAAGCUUUCAAAAUUUAUUAUUUUGUAUUUUACAAUAACUAUUGCUAAAAGAAAUUAAAUUGUA